ACAGAGCGAGACCGUGUCUUGGGGUUAUGAGGCUUGCCUCGUUGUGCGCGCGGCGUGCACCGUGUUCUCGUGUUUUUGCGUCGUUUUCGCGUGGUUUUAACGUUAUUUUCGCUCGUGCAAAGACGGCAGCGGUGGAAACAAGCUUGUGAACGCGCGCGUUUGUAGAGAGAGGCUGCUGGAGAAGAGCUGUGGAUGUAACUGUUGCACUUUGAAGCCAGACAUGAACUACUGAAGCUGCCAAGGAAAGAAGGUCUUUGAAAAGCUCGAGGGAAGAGCUUCGUCUCAUCCCCCCUCUCCCCCACAGAAGAAAGCUUUGGAAUCAUGAAGCUCUCUUUAUCAUUGACAUUCUGCUUUUCGUUUCUUUGGGGGACUAUCAUGAUGUUCCCGACGACCCCCACAGGCCCGCCCCCGGAGACGGACUUCUCCUUCCGGGUGAAGGACACAAGCCUCACGCACCUGACUGUCCAUCGCAGGACGGGUGAGGUGUUUGUGGGCGCCGUGAACAGAGUUUAUAAGUUGUCCUCAAACUUGACGGAGCUUCGCUCACACCAAACCGGACCAAUGGAAGACAAUGCCAAGUGUUACCCGCCGCCCAACGUCCGUGCUUGUGUCCACAAGCUGGAGGCUUCUGACAACGUCAACAAGCUUCUGCUGGUGGACUACGCUGGUAACCGGCUGGUGGCCUGUGGCAGCAUCUGGCAGGGAGUGUGCCAGUUUCUCCGGCUGGAUGAUCUCUUUAAGCUUGGGGAACCUCACUCGCGCAAAGAGCACUACCUAUCGGGAGCCCGCGAGGCAGAUGGGAUGGCAGGAGUAGUCGUGGGCGAUGAUGACAACAGCGGUGAUCCAAAAAAGAAGAAGAAAGGCGACAGCCGGCUGUUCAUCGGCGCCGCAAUUGAUGGCAAGUCGGAAUAUUUCCCCACUCUAUCCAGUCGCAAGCUGGUGGAAGACGAGGACAGCGUGAGCAUGUUCAGCUUGGUCUACCAGGAUGAGUUCGUCUCCUCUCAGAUCAAGAUUCCCUCCGACACGCUGUCUUUGUACCCAGCUUUCGACAUCUACUACGUCUACGGCUUUUCCAGCCGUACCUACAUCUACUUCCUCACCCUGCAGCUGGACACCCAGCUCACACAGAUGGACGCAUCUGGCGAGAAGUUCUUCACCUCUAAAAUCGUUCGCAUGUGCUCCAACGACACAGAGUUCUACUCCUAUGUUGAAUUCCCGCUGGGUUGCACCAAGGACGGUGCAGAGUACCGCCUGGUCCAGGCCGCCUACAAGCACCGUCCAGGCAAGGCUCUGGCCCAAGCACUGGGGCUCUCAGAGGACGAGGAUGUGCUGUUUGUGGUGUUCUCCCAGGGUCAGAAGAACAGGUCUAAUCCUCCCAGGGAAACAGUGUUGUGUCUCUUCACCCUCCACCAAAUCAACCUGGCCAUGCGCGAGAGGAUAAAGUCCUGCUAUCGUGGUGAAGGGAAGCUGUCGCUACCAUGGCUGCUCAACAAGGAACUCCCCUGCAUCAACACGCCCAAGCAGAUCGGCGAUGAUUUCUGCGGCCUGGUUCUGAACCAGCCGCUGGGAGGGCUCCGGGUCAUCGAGGGAACGCCGCUGUACGACGAGCGCACAGAUGGCAUGGCCGCCGUGGCCGCCUACACGUACGGAGAUCACUCGGUGGUGUUCGUGGGGACCCGCACGGGCCACCUCAAAAAGAUCCGAGUGGACGGCAUUCCUCCUCCUUCCCAGAAUGCCCUGCUGUACGAGACGGUCACGGUUUCCGAGGGCAACCCCAUCCUACGCGACAUGGUGUUCAGUCCUGAUUACCAGUACAUCUACCUGCUGAGCGAUAAACAGGUCAGCCGAGUCCCUGUGGAGAGCUGUUCUCAGUACAGGAGCUGUAAGAGCUGCCUGGGCUCGGGGGACCCUCACUGUGGCUGGUGUGUCCUUCACAACAAGUGUUCCAGGAAGGAAGCUUGUCAGAAGUGGGAGGUGCCUCAACACUUCAACACGGAGCUGAAGCAGUGUGUAGACAUCACCGUCACCCCCAGAAACAUGUCCGUGACCGCUGUGUCCACUCAGUUGAGCGUGAAGGUGGCGAACGUGCCGAACCUGUCGGUGGGGGUCACGUGUGUGUUUGAGGAUUUGAGCGAAAGCCCAGGAGAGGUGCUGCCUAAAGGACAGGUCCUCUGUAUGUCCCCCUCUCUACGGGACGUCCCGACUCUCACGCUCGGCUAUGGUGAUAAACGCGUGGUCAAGCUGUCGCUCAAAUCCAAGGAGACCGGCCUCAAGUUCAUCACCACCGACUUCGUCUUCUACAACUGCAGCGUCCUGCAAUCGUGCUCAUCAUGCGUAAGCAGCCCUUUCCCCUGCAACUGGUGUAAAUACCGCCACAUCUGCACCAACAACGUGGCCGAGUGCUCCUUCCAGGAGGGCCGAGUGAGCAGCCUGGAGGCCUGUCCUCAGAUUCUGCAGAGCACUGAUAUCUUGGUGCCGGCGGGAAUCGUGCGUCCGAUCACACUGCGGGCCGUGAACCUGCCUCAGCCACAGUCCGGCCAGAAGAACUACGAGUGCGUUUUCAGCAUCCAGGGGAAGGUCCAGCGCAUCCCGGCCGUCCGCUUCAACAGCUCCUGCAUCCAGUGCCAGAACACCUCGUACUGGUACGAGGGGAAUGAGAUGGGAGCCCUGCCAGUGGAUUUCUCCAUCGUCUGGGACGGAGACUUCCCCAUCGAUAAACCUUCUACCAUGAGAGCUCUCCUGUAUAAGUGUGAAGCUCAGAGGGACAGUUGUGGCCUGUGUCUGAAGGCUGAUAGUAAAUUUGAGUGCGGCUGGUGUUUGGCUGAUAAGAAGUGUCUUCUGAAGCAGCACUGUCCUUCGCCCGAACACAACUGGAUGCACCACGGCCGCCGCAGCGUGCGCUGCAACCACCCUCGCAUUUCCAAGAUCCAGCCUUCGACAGGUCCUAAAGAGGGCGGGACUCGGGUGACGAUUGAGGGGGAGAAUUUGGGGCUGCAGGUGAAGGAGAUCACUCACGUGCGAGUGGCUGGAGUUCGCUGCAAUCCAGUGGCUCAGGAAUACAUCAGUGCUGAGAGGAUUGUGUGUGAUAUGGAGGAGUCUCUGAUGGCGAGUCCUCCAGGUGGUCCGGUGGAGCUGUGUAUCGGGGACUGCAGCGCUGAGUAUCGGGCUCAGUCUUCUCAGACCUACUCUUUUGUGACCCCCAUCUUUAAUCGGAUGCGGCCGGAAAAAGGGCCGGUGUCGGGAGGGACCAGGCUUACCAUCUCCGGCCGGAAUCUGGACGCCGGCAGCGCCGUCACGGUGUUCCUGGCUCAGGAGAAGUGCCUGUUUGUGAGGAGAGCGCUGCGUGAGAUCGUGUGCGUGACCCCGGCCUCCACGUCUGGAUCCGGAGCUUCGUCUAUCCGGCUGUUUAUCGACAGAGCUGAGAUCAACAGCGACCUGCGCUACGUCUACACCGAGGACCCCACCAUCACCAGCAUCGAGCCCAACUGGAGCAUCAUUAAUGGCAGCACAUCUCUGAUAGUCACUGGAACUCAUCUGCUCACCAUCCAGGAGCCCAAAGUCAGGGCCAAAUACGGUGGAGUGGAGACCACCAACGUGUGCACAGUAGUAAACGACUCCACCAUGACCUGUCUGGCUCCUCCCAUCGUCUACACAAAGCGUCAGGCUCCAGAGCUGGGCCUUCAUCCGGACGAGUUCGGCUUCAUCCUGGAUCACGUCUCCUCCCUCCUCAUCCUCAACGGCACUCCGUUCACCUACUACCCCAACCCCACCUUCGACCCGCUGGGGAACGCCGGGAUCCUGGAGGUCAAACCUGGGUCUCCCAUCAUCCUGAAGGGCAAAAAUCUGAUCCCUCCCGCCCCUGGAAACGCCCGUCUGAAUUACUCAGUGAUGAUUGGAGGAACACCCUGUCUGUUAACCGUCUCGGAGUCUCAGCUCCUCUGUGAUUCGCCGGACCUGACGGGAGAGCAGCGAGUCCUUAUUUUGGUUGGUGGUUUGGAAUACUCCCCCGGGACUCUCCACAUCUAUUCAGACAGCACCCUCACCCUGCCGGCUAUCAUUGGGAUCGGCGCGGGUGGUGGCGUCUUACUCAUCGCCAUCAUCGCCGUCCUCAUCGCCUACAAGAGGAAGACGAGGGAUGCCGACCGCACACUCAAACGCCUGCAGCUCCAGAUGGACAACCUGGAGUCCCGGGUGGCGCUAGAGUGCAAGGAAGCUUUCGCCGAACUGCAGACCGACAUCCAGGAGCUCACCAACGACAUGGACGGCGUGAAGAUCCCCUUCCUGGAGUACCGGACCUACACCAUGAGGGUGAUGUUCCCCGGCAUUGAGGAGCACCCGGUUCUAAAGGAGCUUGAUUCUCCAGCCAACGUAGAGAAGGCCCUGCGUCUCUUCAGCCAGCUGCUGCACAACAAGAUGUUCCUGCUGACCUUCAUCCACACCCUGGAGGCUCAGAGGUCCUUCUCCAUGCGCGACCGCGGCAACGUGGCCUCCCUCCUCAUGGCGGCGCUGCAGGGCAGGAUGGAGUAUGCCACCGUGGUGCUCAAGCAGCUGCUGGCCGACCUCAUCGAGAAGAACCUGGAGAACCGGAACCACCCCAAGCUGCUGCUUCGGAGAACCGAAUCCGUGGCAGAGAAGAUGCUCACCAACUGGUUCACGUUCCUCCUGCAUCGCUUCCUCAAGGAAUGUGCGGGAGAGCCUCUCUUCAUGCUGUACUGUGCUAUAAAGCAGCAGAUGGAGAAAGGGCCUAUCGAUGCGAUCACUGGAGAGGCGCGGUACUCCCUCAGCGAGGACAAACUCAUCCGACAGCAGAUCGACUAUAAGCAGCUGACUCUGAUGUGUAUUCCUCCGGAGGGCGAGGCGGGUACGGAGGUUCCGGUGAAGGUGCUGAAUUGUGAUACGGUGACGCAGGUGAAGGAUAAGCUGCUGGACGCUGUUUAUAAAGGAAUCCCGUAUUCUCAGAGACCACAGGCUGACGAUAUGGAUCUGGAAUGGAGGCAGGGCCGCCUGACCAGAAUCAUCCUUCAGGACGAAGACGUCACCACGAAGAUCGAGAGCGACUGGAAGAGGCUGAACACUCUGGCGCAUUACCAGGUGACAGAUGGCUCCGUGGUGGCUCUGGUUCAGAAGCAAGUGUCUGCGUACAACAUCGCCAACUCCUUCACGUUCACGCGCUCCCUCAGCCGAUACGAGAGCUUGUUAAGGACGUCCAGCAGUCCGGACAGCCUGCGGUCUCGAGCGCCCAUGAUCACCCCGGACCAGGAGACGGGCACCAAGCUGUGGCACCUGGUGAAAAAUCACGAGCAUGCGGAUCAGCGCGAGGGCGACCGAGGCAGCAAGAUGGUGUCUGAGAUUUACCUCACGCGUCUCCUGGCAACUAAGGGUACUCUACAGAAGUUUGUGGAUGAUCUGUUUGAGACGGUGUUCAGUACGGCUCACCGCGGCAGCGCCCUCCCUCUGGCCAUCAAGUACAUGUUUGACUUCCUGGACGAGCAGGCGGACAAGAGACAGAUCAGUGACCCAGACGUGCGCCACACCUGGAAAAGCAACUGCUUGCCCCUGCGGUUCUGGGUGAACGUGAUAAAGAACCCGCAGUUUGUGUUCGACAUUCAUAAGAGCAGCAUUACAGACGCGUGUCUGUCAGUAGUGGCUCAGACCUUCAUGGACUCGUGCUCGACGUCAGAGCAUCGCCUGGGCAAAGACUCGCCCUCCAACAAACUACUUUACGCUAAAGACAUCCCCAACUACAAGAGCUGGGUGGAGAGGUACUACAGAGACAUCAGCAAGAUGCCCAGUAUCAGCGAUCAAGACAUGGACGCCUAUCUGGUGGAGCAGUCUCGUCUCCAUGGCAGCGAGUUCAAUACGCUGAGCGCGCUCAAUGAGCUCUAUUUUUACAUCAACAAGUACAAAGAGGAGAUCCUGACGGCUCUGGACAGGGACGGGUACUGCCGCAAACACAAACUGAGACACAAACUGGAACAAGCCAUUAACCUGAUGUCAGGCAGCAGCUGAGAGUGGUGGACUGAUGAACCAGGAAGGGGAGGAGAUGGUGGGGGACAGGAGAGGACAGGAGACGAGAGGAGAGGAGACGGGAUUGGCUGGACGGCUCUGAGGAGGAACUCACCAGCGCUGGGAAUGGCGUCGUCCGCUGCUAUCGCUGGGAAAAGAAGCUGAGAUGAGCUCUGAGAGACACUGGACAAUCAAACCUCGCAACGGAACCACAGCACAGAAAAACCACCAAGCCCAAUAACUCUCCCAGACCACGACCUGUGCAGCCAAAAGAGCCCUGACUUCAUCACCUUCGUCAUCAUCAUUGCCUUCAUCAUCGUCUGGAUCUGCCUCUCUUUUCUUAUUUCAUUCUUUCCGUCUCUAAUUCCCGUCUCUACUUUCUACUCCUCAUUCUGGCCUUUUUUCCAGUGCCACUCAUAUAAAUACAAGCAAACUGCCGUAUCAAAAAAAAAAAAAAAAACAAGUCAAAAAACAAACAAAAUAAAAAUUCUGAACUUUUGGACGCGGACAACUGUGGAUCACUGAGAUACAUUCCAAUGAAAAACGAAAAAAAAAAAAAAAAACAACAACAGGCGAAACCGUUUCCUUUUGCCUUGGAAAAACUCAACCGUAAAGCUAAAUUGUGAAGCUAGUGCCAUGGAUCGAAACAUGUAUACUGACUUUGUACUCUGGGAAAAAAAAGCAGAAUUGAUGAAGCAGUAACCUUAGUAAAAGUUGCAAAACAAAACGGACAGAAGAAACGAUUAAAAAAAAAACGUGUUAAAACAUUAAAACAAGUGACAGUCGCGAGCUGGUGAAAAGGAUGCAUUCAUGAGGGGAGGCCCUGUGGGUGGAAAGUCUUAGAAAGGGUCAAAAACAUCGAGUGAGGGGAAAAAAAGGAAAAGUGAAAAGAGAAAAGUGGGAAAAAAAGUGAUUUCAAGGGCCUCUUCCUCCUCCUCUUCCUCUUCCUCUGAGAAAGAGGAACAACUGCAUCCAGCGGGAAUGGGAAAUGUUGGAGUCAAGCUAGGAAGAGCAGGAGCCACUUCCUCCUCGAGUCAAGUGAAAACAUAAAAAAUAAUAAAUAAAUCGCCAUAGACCGAAAAAGCGCCUUUUUUCUCUCUAUCUUUCUUUAAUUUCUUUUAAUACUUCUCUGUUCUCGUUUUUUUUAUUUUAUUCUCUCGAGAAAAAAAAAAUCUGGGGCCAAAGGGACCUGGCCCUCUAUCAAGACGUGCGGAUCAGUGUCCUUCAAAGCUUGCCUUUUUAUUUUAUUUUAUUUUAUUUUAUUCUGUUUCGUCCGGACUUUGAACUAAACAGCCUUGAGCUUGGCCACUUUUAUUCAUUUAUUUUAUUUUAUUUUUUAUUUUUUUUACUUUCCUUCCUUGAUAUUGUACCCCCUACCUUGAUCCUUCUUGAUUUAGAUUUUUUUUGUAAACCACUGUGUUACUGUGAGGAUUGUUGAGGGUUAUGAGGAUUUGAGGA